UUCCACGGAAAACUCAGGCGGCACGGCGGCAAGGUCCAGACUCGCCUCGUGGUGGCUGGCCACGUCUUACUCAAAGCCGGCCAAUUGAUCUUCUCCCGCUUCCGACAUCGCCACCAAAGAUCAUUCUGCAAUCCGUGCACACCCUGUCACUGGGCUUUCAACCCCACAAUCGAGAACCAAAAAUUUGAGACCCAGCAGCGACUCAUACCCAAACCGGCUCCGCCCGCGGCAACGCCUUUCUUCCCACAUCGCCAGUGUCAAGAGCCGUGGAGCCAUUGACUCUUCGCCUUCGGAUGAGAGACUCUGCUUUCGGCGCGCAAUUUUCACUGUAGCAGUCUCUGUCUGUUACUCUGCUUCUUUUUUCUUCUUGUUGUGUUUUAUGGUAUAUUGAAUUGUUUUUGGCCCUCUCCACUCCCCCCCCCCCCAGACACGAUGCUCCGUCAGACAUCGCGCGCCGCCCUCAAGGGCCUCGCCGAAUCUCGGCCUGGUCAACAACGAACGCUCACGACCGCCCAAAGAGCCACAGCCGUGGCAGCACGGCGCAACAGCCCUACCAAUGUUAGGAAUCAAUCGACAACGGCCGCCACAAAACCAACCGUGACCGAGGCACGGCCGAAACCCAGCCCAUCAUUCAAUGCUGCCACAAAGGAUCGAAGCCAUGUCCAGCCCCUCGUGAAUCCGAAGAAGAGCGACGUCGACGAGUCGUUCAUUGGAAAGACUGGAGGAGAAAUCUUCCACGAAAUGAUGCUGAGGCAUGAUGUAAAGCAUAUCUUCGGCUACCCUGGCGGCGCCAUUCUCCCGGUGUUCGAUGCGAUUUACAACUCCCCCCACUUCGGUUUCGUCCUUCCGAGGCACGAGCAGGGCGCCGGCCACAUGGCCGAGGGUUAUGCUCGUGCGUCAGGGAAGCCCGGUGUUGUGUUGGUGACAUCUGGCCCCGGCGCCACCAACGUCGUCACCCCGAUGGCCGAUGCGCUUGCAGAUGGCACGCCAAUGGUCGUGUUUACCGGCCAGGUCGUCACCUCCGCCAUCGGAAGUGAUGCCUUCCAAGAAGCCGACGUGAUUGGCAUCUCGCGGGCGUGCACCAAGUGGAACGUCAUGGUCAAGAGCGUUGCCGAGCUCCCCCGGAGGAUCAACGAGGCUUUCGAGAUCGCCACCAGCGGCAGGCCCGGCCCUGUUCUUGUCGACCUUCCCAAGGACAUCACCGCCGGCGUCCUCAGGCGAGCCAUCCCCACCGAGUCCGCCAUCCCAACGAUGCCCAGCGCCGCUUCUCGUGCCGCCCUCGAGGUCAGCCGGAAGCAGCAGGAUGUUUCCAUCCGCCGCGUCGCCGAGCUCAUCAACAUCGCCAAGAAGCCCGUCAUCUAUGCUGGCCACGGUGUUAUCUGCUCCAAGAACGGCCCGGCACUGCUCAGGACGCUGGCGGACAAGGCAUCUCUUCCCGUCACGACCACCCUUCAAGGCCUCGGCGCUUUCGACGAGCUGGACGACAAGUCGCUGCACAUGCUCGGCAUGCACGGCUCCGCGUAUGCCAACAUGGCGAUGCAAGAAGCCGACUUGAUCAUCGCCCUCGGCGCACGCUUCGAUGACCGCGUGACCCUCAGCGUUGCUAAGUUUGCCCCGGCUGCCAAGGCCGCCGCCGCCGAGGGACGUGGAGGCAUCAUCCACUUUGAGAUUCUGCCCAAGAAUAUCAACAAGGUUGUGCAAGCGACCGAGGCCAUCGAGGGAGACAUUAGCGCUAGCCUCGAAAUGCUCCUGCCGCACGUCAAGUCCAAGUCGAUGGCUGAUAGGGAAGAUUGGUUCAGCAAGAUUAACGGGUGGAAGAAGAAGUGGCCCCUGUCCGACUACGAACGGGCGGAGCGCUCGGGCCUGAUCAAGCCCCAGACCCUUAUCGAGGAGCUGAGCAAGCUAACAGCUGAGCGGAAGAACGACACAUAUAUCUCUACCGGUGUUGGCCAGCAUCAAAUGUGGGUUGCUCAGCACUUCCGCUGGCGGCACCCCCGGUCCAUGAUCACCUCCGGUGGUCUCGGAACCAUGGGUUACGGCCUGCCGGCCGCCAUCGGCGCCAAGGUGGCGAAGCCCGAUUCGCUCGUCAUCGACAUUGACGGCGAUGCCUCGUUCGCCAUGACCCUGACCGAGCUGUCCACUGCUGCGCAGUUCAACAUCGGCGUCAAGGUCAUCAUCCUCAACAACGAGGAGCAGGGCAUGGUAACGCAAUGGCAGAACCUGUUCUACGAGGAUCGGUAUUCGCACACCCACCAAAAGAACCCCGACUUCAUGAAGCUGGCCGACGCCAUGGGCGUGCAGCACAGGCGCCUCAUCAAGCCCGAGGAGACCGUAGAGGCUCUCAAGUGGCUGAUCGAGACCGACGGGCCGGCCGUGCUCGAGGUCGUGACCGACAAGAAGGUCCCUGUCCUUCCCAUGGUCCCCGCUGGGUGUGGCCUGCACGAGUUCAUCACCUGGGAUAGUGCCAAGGACAAGGUUAGGCGAGAGCGGAUGCGGGAACGCACCGGCGGCCUUCACUCUUGAUUGAGCAUGUGCAUGCGUUUCCGAGCCUAAUUAGCCACUCGGGAGCGUCAAACCUUGACUUAUUCCCCUUAAUCGUCCGACUUUGUGUGAUUUUUCCCACUUGUUUUU